CACAAUAUAUUUUACGGCUGUUUAAAGUGCACAGAUUGAGAAAUGAUUGGGAAUAUGAAAACUUUUCGGAAUAUUUUGGCAACUGGAAGAGUAAUUCAAUCUCUAAAAUGCAACACACAAGUUAUUAAUAGAAAAAGUCAUGUUGUUUCCUAUCGGAGUGCUCCUCCACCUCAUUCCAAAGCAACUAAAAUUGGAGCGGUUGUAGUCGGCGGGACUAUGUGGUGGUGGGUUAUUUGGCAUCUGUGGCAUGAACCAGAUCAUAUUACUGGGGAGUUCGAUUACCCGGAUGCUGCAAAAUGGACAAACAUUCAAUUGGGUAUCCCUCGCGAUGUGUAAAGUAGGAUAUAAUUGAAUUCAAUAAGUAGCAAUAAAAACUAAAGAUUGAGCUUAAAAUAA